UCUCCUUUAUUUAAUCCACGAGAAUUGAAAGUUGAAAGCAGGCUCGUCGGUUCUCUCAUUUUCCGAUCAUCCAACCAGGCUCGUCGGUUCUCCGUAUUUCUCUGUUUGUUGUAGGAAAGAUUAUUUGAAUUCUUUAAUGUUUCAGUUUCGAAUGCUUUCGUGUUCGUUUUUCUGAUGUAGAUUUUGCUUGGAGAGCUUAAUCGAAGUGAAAGCGGGGAAACAAUUUCCAGUGAUGUCGGAGAUAGGAGAAAAGGGUAAUCCACUGCCAAGAAAACCUGGAAAGUCUUCGCUCAAGUCCUCUUUCAAGGAUGCUUCUCUAAAAGGAAAGGAUGAUAGUCUGUUAAAGCCAAAGAAGGGAAGGAAAGUCCAGUUCGAUGCUCAAGGAUCUGUUGAUGCGCAGAUUAAUUUUUCAAUGAAAUACAGUGGCAAAAAUGGUGACUUGGGUAAAGGAGGAAAAGGCGGAAAAGGCGGAAGUGGUGCGAAGGAACCCCAGCCACUAGAAUUGAAGAUUGAACAAGAACUUCCCAAGAAUGUUAAAUGCCAAUGCCUUAUGGACUGUGAGGCUGCACAAAUUUUACAGGGAAUCCAAGAUCAGAUGGUUCUUCUAUCAGCAGAUCCAACCAUAAAAAUCCCAACACCAUUUGAUAGGGGGUUGCAAUAUGCCAAAAGAGCCAAUCACUACGUAAAUACCGAGUCAGUUAGACCAGUUCUCGAAACCCUCAAGAAAUAUGGCGUAAUGGACAGUGAGGUAUGUGUGCUUGCUAAUGUCUGCCCAGACACUACUGAUGAAGUUUUUGCUCUUCUUCCAUCCUUGAAGAGCAAAAGAAGCAAGCUGAGUGAACCUCUCAACAGUGUCUUGAGAGAGCUAGCCAAGGUAAAAUCAUCCUGAAGUCAUAAGAUCAAUUACUUCUCCGGUUGACUUCUCCCCUUCCUGUGAAGAUUGUUUUAUGGGAUUUGAAAAUUAGGACCUUUUCUUUUCAAUGGUAUUCACUAGAUAUCGCUUCGGGGAGGCAAGCAUUAGCCCAUUGGAAUAUUUUGUUCUUCAAAGAUCUGUAUUUGCCGUAGUGUAGAAAUGUGGGUUACUUUGCUAUGAAUGCCUCUCUCAUCUGAAUCAACUCUGAUGGACUGAAAAUCAAACUAGAAAACCUCUAUUAAUUUGAAUGUAAAGUGGGGAUGUUAAGGGAGUAGUUUCUACUGGAUGCUACUCAUGUUGGGCUGUUCA